UCAGACUCAUACGCUCCAUAAUACACAGUAAUUAAGUCCCCUAAGGGUAGACGUUCCAGACUUAGGUUCUGGACACUUACUACAGAGGGGAACAGAAGCCAAGAGCUAACCCAGAUCCGGCUACAGAAAAAGGAGAACCUUUCUAAAGGAAACAAUGGUCGCUGAGAAAAACCAUAGAGGCUGCAUUCAGCGAUUCCUGCUUUGUUUUCUUCUGGGGACGCUGUGGGAGAUCAGCGUUGCCCAGAUUCGCUACUCAGUUCCCGAGGAGAUGGAAAAGGGGUCUUUUGUGGGCGACCUCGACAAAGACUUGGGGCUGGAGCCUCGGGAACUAUCAGAGAGAGGGGCUCGCAUUGUUUCCAGAGGUAAGAAGCAGCAUUUCGCUCUCAAUGUCGGAAGCGGCAGCUUAGUCACCGCAGACAGAAUAGACAGGGAAGAACUGUGCGCCCAGAGCGCCCAAUGUCGGCUAAAUUUCAAUGUUCUGGUUGAGGAUAAAUUGAAAAUUUAUUCAGUGGAGGUGGAGAUUACCGACAUUAAUGAUAACGCCCCUCGCUUUUUAGCAGAGGAGCUAGAACUAAAAAUGAGUGAACUCACACCUGUGGGAAACCAGCAUCCCCUGGAACGUGCAUAUGACCGGGAUGUGGGACUAAAUUCUCUCCAGGGCUAUGAACUGAGCCCCAACCAUCACUUCUCUCUGAGACUCCAAAGGGGAAACGAUGGAGUAAAGUACCCAGAGUUGGUGCUAGAGCAGGCCCUGGACAGGGAGAAAGACCCAAUUCUCCAUCUUGUGCUCACAGCACGGGAUGGGGGAGAACCUGUCCGUACUGGCACUGCUAGAAUCCGAGUGACUGUCCUGGAUGCAAAUGACAAUGCCCCAGUGUUUACCCAGCCUGUGUAUACCGUCAGUGUUCCUGAGAAUGUAUCACAGGGGACAGUACUGCUCACAGUGAAUGCCACCGAUGCAGAUGAAGGAAUCAAUUCGCAGGUAAGAUAUUUUCAAAUUACAAUACCUGAGGAGACCUCACAUAUUUUCCAACUAAAUUCUGAAACAGGAGAAUUAUCAACUUUACAAAAUCUUGAUUAUGAAGAUGCAGAAUGCUAUGUAAUAGAAUUGGAGGCUCAGGAUGGACUCGGACUCAAGGGGAGAGCUAAGAUUCAUGUCACAGUCUUGGACGUCAACGAUAAUGCCCCGGAAGUGACUAUCACCUCUGUCACCAGCUCAAUCCCUGAGAACGCUCCCCCUGGGACUGUGAUUGCUCUGUUCCACGUGCAUGAUCGAGACUCUGGUGAAAAUGGUCGAGUCCUGUGUUCCAUGGCAGGCGAUCUGCCUUUUAAAUUAGAAAAGAAGGUGGACAACUACCAUUCCCUGGUGACUGACAGGGCUCUGGACAGGGAGCAGGUGUCUGAGUACAACAUCACCGUGAGAGCAGAAGACUUUGGGAGCCCAGUUCUGUCUACAGACACUCACAUCCUGUUGCACGUGGCAGACAUCAAUGACAACCCACCGACUUUCAGCCAGUCAGCCUACUCUGCCUACAUCCGGGAGAACAACCCCAGGGGAGCUUCCAUCUACUCCUUGACUGCCCACGACCCAGACAGUGAGCAGAAUGCCUUAGUCACCUACUCCAUCGAGGACAGUACCCUCUCCUUGGAGGCACCACCACUGUCAUCCAUUGUCUCCAUCAACUCAGAGACUGGCACCCUCUAUGCUCUGAGCUCCUUUGACUAUGAGCAGUUCCGGGAAUGUCAGCUGAGAGUGACAGCCAGGGACUCUGGGGACCCUCCCCUCAGCAGCAACGUGUCCCUGACUCUGUUCAUCCUGGAUCAGAAUGACAACGCCCCGGAAAUCCUGUACCCCGCCUUCCCCACGGAUGGCUCCAGUGGAGUGGAGCUGGCCCCACGCUCUGCUGAGCCAGGCUACCUGGUGACCAAGGUGGUGGCCGUGGAUGCAGACUCUGGCCAGAAUGCCUGGCUGUCCUACCGCCUGCUCAAGGCCACAGAGCCCGGCCUCUUCUCCAUGGGCCUGCACUCGGGGGAGAUCAGGACGGUCAGGACGUUCCUGGACAAAGAUGCCCUCAAGCAGAAUCUCAUCGUGGCAGUGACAGAUAAUGGCGAGCCCCCUCUCUCUGCCACUGUCAGUGUCACUGUGGCAGUGGCUGACAGCAUCCCAGACAUCCUCUCUGACCUCAGCAGCCAGGCCUCCCCAGAGACCCAGGAUGACUCUCUCCUCACCUUUUACCUGGUCAUAAGCGUGGCGGUGGUCUCCUGCUUGUUCUUUGCCUUCCUUGUCCUUCUGCUGGCUCUCAGGCUGAGAAGGUGGUGGAUGCUGCAAGUUGUGCAGUCUGCGGGUGCCCCUGUCGGGGGAGUGCCCUCCUCCCAGUUUCUGGGAAUAGAUGGAGUGAGAGCUUUCCUUCAGACCUAUUCGCAUGAGGUUUCUCUCACCACGGAUUCUCGGAAGAGUCACUUGAUCUUUCCUCAGCCCAACUAUGCAGACACCCUGAUCAGUCAGCAGAGCUGUGAGCAAAAGGAGCCUCCAUUACCUACUCAGUCUUUACUUCAAGGAAAAGAUGAACAAGCAUUCUUCCAGGUUAAACUUUACUCUGUAAAAUAG